GCAGUUUCUGCUUUCUUGCAAAUCCCCCUCUCUCUCGCUCGCUCUCUCACUGCUUAACAGCAUAGAGCUCAUCAACAAAUCCGCCAUAUGAACAAAAGCGUUUCUAUCCUGAGUAUCCUCUGACGCUCGAAGAGCAACUUGCGGGCUUUCCUCCAUCUCCUUCUUCUCUUUAAGAUCAUUUUCUGGCUACACUUCCUGAUCUCUUCUGUUAGUAAACAAACAUCAGGUACCAUGUUGGAGUCCGACCCAUUCUGUGACUUCUCAAAGCAUGAGGACCCCUCCAUCGCCCUCCCAUCCUCGUACAUUCCUCUUCCGGAUGGACCCCACACCCGGGAAUUAGCUUCGGCGAGGCGCAUGCCACCCAAGAGGGCUACAUUCAAGGUCUUUUCUGGGGUUUUGAUGCUCGCUUUAUUCUUCGCCAUUAUCAUCGGUGGUAGGAACUCAGAUGUCCACGCAAAUGGGAAUGCGUUAUUGGCUACAUCGACAUCAUCGAUGGCGUCGAAGCCGUUGCGGCCGGUGUCCCGUGGGUUAUCCGCUGGCGUCUCGGAGAAAGCGAACCACGUAUUUUCCGGCAUCGAAGUCGUUUCGUUUCCAUGGAACAAUACCAUGUUGUCAUGGCAGAGGACUGCUUACCAUUUCCAGCCGGAGAAGAAUUGGAUGAAUGAUCCUAACGGCCCUAUGUACUACAAGGGAUGGUACCACUUUUUUUACCAGUACAAUCCUAAUGGACCAGUGUGGGGUGACAUAGUCUGGGGCCAUGCCGCGUCCAAGGACCUGAUCCAUUGGCUUCAUCUCCCUUUAGCAAUGGUUGCUGAUCAGUGGUAUGAUUUGAACGGUGUUUGGACUGGUUCUGCUACACUCCUUCCUGAUGGCCGAGUUAUCAUGCUUUACACUGGAUCCACCAAUGAAUCCGUGCAGGUUCAAAAUCUUGCAUAUCCCGCCAACCUAUCUGAUCCCCUCCUCGUAAACUGGGAGAAGUACUCUGGCAACCCCGUUCUUCGCCCUCCACCGGGUGUUGAUUUGAAGGACUUCCGUGACCCGACAACGGCUUGGUAUACAUCAGAUGGGAAAUGGAACAUUGCCAUAGGGUCCAAGGUUAACAAAACAGGCAUUACUUUGAUAUACCAUACUGAGGACUUCAAGAGCUACGAGCUUUUAGAUGGGGUACUGCAUGCUGUCCCUGGCACUGGAAUGUGGGAAUGUGUGGACUUCUAUCCUGUGUCGAAGAUAUCUGGAAAAGGUUUGGACACGUCGGCUAAUGGACCUGAAGUGAAGCAUGUAUUGAAGACAAGUCUUGACAAUGAUAAGAACGAUUAUUAUGCAAUUGGGACUUAUGAUGAGAAGGCUGGUAGAUGGGUUCCAGAUAACCCAAAAAUUGGUAUUGAAUUGAGGUAUGACUAUGGGAUAUUUUACGCUUCCAAGUCGUUUUAUGAUCUGCAUAAGGGAAGGAGGGUGUUGUGGGGUUGGAUUAAAGAGUCCGAUAGUGAAAUAGCGGAUGUGAAGAAGGGCUGGGCAUCGGUUCAGAGUAUUCCAAGGACAGUGUUGCUCGAUACAAAAACUGGUACUAAUUUGCUUCAAUGGCCGGUGGAGGAGGUAGACAGUUUGAGAUUGACCAGCAGAGAGUUUGAAAGGGUGGAGGUCAAGGCAGGAUCUGUUGUUCCACUAGAUAUUGAUGCAGCCACACAGCUUGAUAUUUUCGCCGAGUUUGAGUUAGAUAGGGAGGCUUUGGAGAUGACAGCACAAACCAAUGUGGAAUUCAGCUGCAGCACCAGUGGUGGAGCUGCUGAACGGGGUGCACUGGGACCCUUUGGACUUCUUGUGCUAGCAGAUGAUAGCCUUUCCGAGCAAACUCCUGUGUAUUUUUUUAUUGUCAAAGGAACUGAUGGCAAUCUCAAAACUUUCUUCUGUGCGGAUCAAACAAGAUCUUCCGAGGCAACUGAUGUUAAUAAACAAAUUUAUGGGAGCUCUGUUCCAGUACUAAAAGAUGAAAAAUUAUCUGUGAGGAUACUGGUGGAUCAUUCAAUAGUAGAAAUCUUUGCUCAAGGUGGGAGAACAUGCAUUACAUCGCGUGUUUAUCCAACAAAGGCAAUCUAUGGGGCUGCUCGGCUAUUUCUAUUCAACAAUGCUACUGGUGCCAGUGUGACUUCCUCACUCAAGAUAUGGCAGAUGAAUUCUGCAUUCAUACGCCCCUUCCAGCCUGGCCAAGAUGCUUAAAUUGGUUCAGAGACAGAAGACGGUGAUAAAAACAUGAAGUGCUUCUUUGGCAAUCUGCAUAAUGCAUCAAAAGUACCAACUCCAAUCAUUUUUUGUUUGGUCUGGUGGGAAGGGAAUAAAAAAGAACAUAGAUUUAGGAACCUGUUGCGGCAUAGCACAAGGUUAAUCACAACGAGCAUCUGCAAUCGGUGCAUUGAAGAUUGAGUUUGAUGCCCUGUUUUGUAGCAUUAGUUUGAUGCCAUAUUUUUUCCCCAUAUAAGUGAAAAGGGCCAAUUUCUUAUAUGAACAAUGAAAUGAAGAAACCCCAUGUAGCCGCACAUCAUAUUUGAAAUUUCCAAAUCGAUUGCCUCCCUCUCAAUGGAAAGAAAAUCUCCUCAUCUUCUCCAGACCAACGUACCUCCACUUCGCAUACCCUAGUUCAUCCUUCUUUUUUUUUUUUUUUAAUCUCAGGUUUUUUCUCUCCUUCUCUCUUUAAAGUGUUGAGACAAUGAUUUUCGUUUUGAUUUUAUUUUGGUCAUGCUUCUAAUUGGUUGGCAUGGGAUGUGGGGAGGGAGAUGAGGUGGAGUGCUUGAUCACUAUGGGAAGAAGUCUGAGGAGAUCGAGGAUUGGAAUGGUGGGGAAGAUUUCAAAAAAAAAAAAUGUAAAAUUUUAUUUUUAAUUGAUUGUGUGUAGCUAUUUGUUUGUGUGUUGUGUUGGACAUGACCCAAAAAAUUACAGAUCCGGCCUUUGAAUUUCAGUCCUUAUUCUUAUUCUCAUCAAUGUCUGGCCUACACAACAAGUAUAGGAAAAGUGAAAAUUUUGUACAAGUUUCUUGCUUUUUUUUAUUUUUGUGUGUUUAUAACCGAGCAAAUAAUCAAAGAUUUUGGAGAAACUAUGAGAUUUGAAAACCAUGGGAAAUGAGAAUUGUAUUUUGCAUUCUGGUCGUUAGGGAAGAGAAAGGGUCUGGGGCGUUCUGGUAGUGAGGGCCUAGAAGAUAGCUUGCUGUGGUGCCUUGUUGUAGCGAGUACGUGUGGCAAGAAUGGAUUACAGUGGCUCCGCUGCGUGAGAUUCCAUGGAAGUUGCAGCUUGCUGAAAGUAAACAAGGGGCUGCUGCAACCCUAAAGCUCGAAGGAGGCGAGGAUCAGAGGAGAAGAUAUAUUUUAUCAUGUAGUGUAAUGAGUCUAUUGUAAUUUUUGUAAAAUUGUUGAUGUGGCAGGGUGUUAUUGGAGGACUGUUAAUGCCUUGAUAUCGGAUGGACCGUUACAAAGUGUUUUUCUUUAAUUUAAUGUCACUCAAAGUAAUUAUAACC